GACCUAACCGUUACCCUCUCAAUCACUCUCUCAAAACAAGGAAAAAAAAAAAAAAAAAAAAAAAUCCCAAACUUCAUCCAUUUUCAUCUCUCUGGAAAAAUGGCCACAAACCUUCUCCAUUUCCGACCAUCUGUCAUCGGAGCCUGCGCUACCGGUGGCCACAAAUCCGACUUGGCUCGCCGGAAAAGCUCGAGCGCCAGCUGGUGGACCCCGCUCUUCGGAAUAUCAUCUGAACCCGAUUACAUUGACUCCGACGGUAAAUCGGACUCGCAGGUGAAAGCCGGGGCCCGAUCGGAGUCCGUCGUCGCCGAUCAGAAGCAUCAGCGAUCUCGUUUCGCACCUGGCUGCUUCACGGAGGAGAAAGCCAAACAGCUCCGGAUGAUGACGACUGGAACGGAUUCGUUUCACGACGUCAUGUACCACUCCGCGAUCGCUUCCCGUCUCGCCUCGGAUUUCAAGCACUUGAAGUAGUAGUGGUUUUUAUUUGAAUUUUUUUUUUUCCUAAUUUCCUGAGAUGUUUUUUUUUCUUUCUCAGUUUGUUUAUAUAAAUAUGUAGAUUUGUUUCCCCUUAAAAAAAAAAAAAAAAAUUGGGUAAACGAUGCAAUACGGAUACUGCUACAUGGUUUAGACUGUUGUGGAUUAAGCAUGUGCUUAAUCAAAUGUAUAUAUUUCUUCUUAAUGAGUUUUUACUGUUUUGGCUCUGUAAUAUUUGAAUCAUAAUUUCCUAGA